GCCGCGCCGCCGCCACCAUGGGGCUCCUGCCAGGGCUGGGCGCGCGCCGGAGCAGCAGCGCCUCUGCGGGCCGCGCCGGCCGCUGCUCCCGCGCAGUCUUCGGCAACAUUAAGGUAUUUGUGCUCUGCCACGGCCUCCUGCAGCUCUGCCAGCUCCUGUAUAGCGCCUACUUCAAGAGCAGCCUCACCACCAUUGAGAAGCGCUUCGGGCUCUCCAGUUCUUCCUCGGGCCUCAUUUCCAGCUUGAACGAGAUCAGCAAUGCCAUCCUCAUCAUCUUUGUUAGCUACUUUGGCAGCCGGGUACACCGACCAAAGCUGAUCGGCAUCGGGGGUCUCCUCCUGGCUGCAGGAGCCUUUGUCCUCACCCUGCCGCACUUCCUCUCAGAGCCCUACCAGUACACCUCCGCCAGCAUCGGGAACCUUAGCCAUGUCCAGGCAGAGCUUUGCCAGAAGCAUUUGCAUAAACCAGCCCCUGGUAAGUGCCCAAACACCGUGCAGGAUGUGCAGAAGGAGACCAGCAGCAUGUGGGGCCUGAUGGUGAUCGCACAGUUGCUGGCCGGGAUCGGCACCGUGCCCAUUCAGCCGUUUGGGAUCUCCUAUGUGGACGACUUCGCAGAGCCCAACAAUUCACCCCUGUACAUCUCCAUCCUAUUUGCCAUUGCUGUGUUUGGACCGGCUUUUGGGUACCUGCUGGGCUCGGUCAUGCUGCAGAUCUUUGUGGACUAUGGCAGGAUUGACACAGCUAAAGUUAACCUGAGUCCAAGUGACCCUCGAUGGAUUGGAGCCUGGUGGCUGGGCCUGCUCAUUUCUUCAGCUUGUUUGAUUCUCACUUCUUUCCCCUUUUUCUUCUUUCCUCGCACGAUGCCCAGAGGAACAGAUGGUUCUCCUGCUACAGAGGAUGGAGCAAGAAAGAUGGAGGAGCUCAGUUCAAGAGGUUCCCUGUUGGAUUUCAUUAAAAGGUUCCCCCGCAUCUUCCUGAGGCUGCUCAUGAACCCGCUCUUCAUACUGGUGGUCCUGGCCCAGUGCACCUUCUCCUCUGUCAUCGCCGGCCUCUCCACGUUCCUCAACAAGUUCCUAGAGAAGCAGUAUGGCGCCUCCGCAGCCUAUGCCAACUUUCUCAUUGGUGCUGUAAACCUCCCUGCUGCAGCCCUGGGGAUGCUGUUUGGAGGAAUCCUCAUGAAGCGUUUUGUUUUUCCUCUGCAAACCAUGCCCCGAGUGGCUGCCACCAUCAUCACCAUCUCCAUGCUCCUCUGCAUCCCUCUGUUCUUCAUGGGCUGCUCCACUCCGGCUGUGGCCGAGGUCUACCCUCCCAGCACAUCAAGUUCUAUACAUCCACAGCCUGCCGCCUGCCGCAGGGACUGCUCAUGCCCGGAUUCCAUCUUCCACCCUGUCUGCGGAGACAAUGGAAUUGAGUAUCUCUCUCCUUGUCAUGCCGGCUGCAGCGGCAUCAACGUGAGCUCUACUGGCUCCAAGCACUUGGUCUAUUUGAACUGCAGCUGUGUGUCCACGAAGUCUGCCUCGGCAAAGACGGGAUCGUGCCCCAUCCCUUGUGCCCGCUUCCUGCUCCCCACCAUCUUCCUCAUCUCCUUCGCAGCCCUGAUAGCCUGUGUCUCCCACAACCCCCUCUACAUGAUGGUUCUGCGUGUGGUGAAUCAGGAGGAAAAGUCAUUUGCCAUCGGGGUCCAGUUCUUGCUCAUGCGCUUGCUGGCCUGGCUGCCUUCUCCGGCCCUCUACGGCCUCGCCAUCGACUACUCCUGCAUCUGGUGGAGCUCGAAGUGCUCGGGGAGGCGAGGGGCCUGUGUCUACUAUGACAAUGAUGCUCUCCGGGACAGGUACCUGGGCCUGCAGAUGGGCUACAAGGCACUGGGCGUGGUGCUGCUUUUCUUUAUCAGCUGGAAGGUGAAGAGGAACCGAGAGUACAAUGUGCAGGAGAAGGCUUUGGACCUCAUCUGACCCUCUCCUGGCCAUCACCCUGCUCCGCGUGAACCCUGCCUCCUCCACACCCGCCUGUACCCAUCAAUGUUAAUGCGUCUGUUCCUUUUUGUUUUUAAAAUAAGAAAGAAAACCCCAGUCACCAUCUGCCUUUCCUGAUCCUCUUCCCACAGUCUCCUCCCCGUGGUUCCUGAAGGCUGAUGUCUGUCUGAGUUGAGGGGGUUCACAGGUGGAGGGCCCCGUCUUCCCCGGCUCCCUGGACGGGGUCCCCAUAUGCCCAAGCUGUCCUUACUACUGGGGCUCCAAACAAGGAUGCCCAUGGAGGCAGCCCUGAUGCUGACCAACCCUGGAGUUGGGCGCUAAAUGGAGUAAGAGGGAAAGGAUGCCCACUCCUUGUCAGGCAGCCAGGCGCUCCUGUCUGCCCACACCCUGCAGAGAACAGAGUCAGAGGAAGAAGGGAAGGCUGAGUCAUUCGUAGCUAGAGCUGGGCUCCGGGAGGAGGAACCAGCCGUAGCACUUGUUGCAUCUGGAUUCGCACAGCAUGGAAUUCAGGAGGGGGUGGCUCCCUUUGCCCUCAGAUACUCCUUCCUGACCCCCAGAAGCCUCGGAAAGCUGCAGAGUCAGAAGCACAGCCCUACGUCUGUUACCCAGGCUCUGGCACCACAGCGAGAACUGAAAAAUCCUGAGGUGGAACAUCCAAGUGCUAACCCGUGAACCCAAGACCUUUCUCUCCUUAAACCCGCAUGUGCUGAUCUUCCUCUUCCUGGGGCUACAUGUCACCCUGAGAAAGCCACAUUCAGUGAAGACCUGGGAGGACCUGUGAAAUGCGAUGCCAAAUCUCUCACCUCACGGUGAGACCCUCUUCAUCUCAGAGCCCUGGGAAGGUGCCCCCCUCCAUUUCCCUGUGACCAGAGCAGGUGGCUGCACGUGGACUCCCCCGUACGCUCCAGCCUGUGCACAGAGGACUGAAGAGGGGUUGCCUGAGAUGCCAGGAAACACAAAAGGAAGCAGAGAGAUGUCAGCUGUGACCACCUGGAUGGCAGGCUGCAGCGCACUACAAAGAGGCCAGCAAGGCUGACUCUCUGAGCUCUGAACACACCCUACUCAUCAACACUUUCUCGGCCUCUUCUCGCUGCCUCCAGAGAGGUGGACACCCUCUGUGAACCGGGGCUAGGAGACACUGCUGCUAUGUGGUAAAGGUUCAGAGAUAGAAGCCAACAAAAGACACCUUUCCUCAGCCAUUCUUCUGCUUAUUGCAGACCACCUUUGUGCUCAGCCAUGCCCAUAUGUGGUUAUCCAGAGAGCUCCCCUCACAUCUUACCUCACCUCCCUCCGCUGACACGAGGGCUUCCCAGACUGUGCUUGGUGAGCAGUGUGGACAGUGAGGGGCAGAGGACGACACAUGCUUUUCAAGCACAAGUAUCCAAAGACUGGCAGAAAGGAUCCUGACUGACCAUGAGUGGCCCCACCAGGCUGACUCCUUUAUGCAUCAGAAUCCUGGCUCACUGUGUCCACUGGAGCGGCUGGGCCUGGUCACUGCAAUGUGUGAUUCUUGAGUGCCACUCCCCCUGGGAGACCCCCCUCCUCAAGAACACUGUCGAAGCCACCUUAUAAGGUAACAGGCCCAAAAGUUACGUCAGCGGCCAAACUGCUGUGCGUCUGGAAGUCUGUGGAAACCGCUCUCUGGACAGCCUUCUGCUCAAAGCCUGUUUCCAGGCAGCUCCGUGGGGAAGGAGCUCCAGCCACCUCAGGGGCCACUCUCAGCAUCUGCAAUGGGCCUGUUUGGAAAACAAUUCUCUGCCACUAACCCUGGUCCUUCUUACUGCAGUUUAACCAAAUCCUGAAGGCACUGACUUCCACUGAGCUCAUGAACAACGAAUGCCAGCCUCCAGGCUCUGGAAGCUUGGUUGCCCUCCCAAACCUUUAUUCUAUUAUAUUGCUAUUAAUAUAUUAUAAUUUUGCUACUGAUA